AUGGCUGGACCCAACUCCUUCAAUGCCGCACCAGACGCCACCGUGACAAAGGCGUUGAAGGCCUCGCUCGAUGCCAUCGACGCAGUCGAUGCACAGCUGAGAGAACUCAAUCGGUCCAUCCACGACAACCCGGAAUUGGCGUACAAGGAAUUCUUCGCCGUCAAGACCAUCUCGGCCUUCCUGAAAAAGGAGGGGUUUGCCGUGACCGAGCAGACGUACGGCCUCGAGACAUCCUUCACCAGUGAGGUCGGCCAGGGCGGUCCUCUGGUGAUCAUCUGCGCCGAGUACGAUGCGCUGCCGGGCAUCGGCCACGCGUGCGGCCACAAUUUGAUCGCCACGUCGUCGAUCGCCGCGUUCCUGGGCGCCGCCACGGCUCUCAAGUCGAGCGGCAUCCCGGGCCGGGUCCGCCUGCUGGGCACGCCGGCCGAGGAAGGCGGCGGGGGCAAGUGCAAGCUGAUCGACGCCGGGGCGUUUCGGGACAAGGACAUGGGCGCGGCCAUCAUGGCACACCCGGUGACGGCCCACCAGUUCUCGGGCGGGUACACGGGGCUGGCGGGGCUGAAGUUCAUCGCCUCGCACAAGUUCCGCGUCGAGUACCGCGGCCAGCAGGCGCACGCGGCGGGCGAGCCGUGGAACGGCGUCAACGCCCUCGACGCCGCCAUCACGACCUACAACAGCGUGUCGAUGCUGCGCCAGCAGAUGCGGCCCGACGAGCGCGUCCACGGCGUCAUCGAGGACGGCGGCUCCGUCCCCAACGUCAUCACUGCCUACGCCCGCAUGAACUGGUACGUGAGGGCCCCGAACGUGGAGAGGGCCGACAAGCUGCUGGCAAAGGUGCACAAGUGCUGCGAAGCCGCCGCCGCCGCCACGGGCUGCGACAUCAAUUUUAUUCCCGCCCCCACGUACAAGAACCUGCGGGUCAACCUGCCCCUAUGCAAGCAAUAUGUCGAGGACAUGGCGACGAUAGGCGAGAAGAUCAUGGUCAAGAACGACGAGUCGUACACGGCAUCGACGGACAUGGGGAACGUCUCGUUCGAAGUCCCCAGUUUCCACGGCACAUUCCCCAUCCCCACCGAGCCCAACGUCUCGAUGCACCACCCGCGCUUUGCCGGGCACGCCGCGACAGAUGACGCCCACCGCGCCGCCAUAACCUGCGCAAAGGGCAUGGCUAUGCUGGCGCUGCGCGUGCUCACGGACCCGCGACUCGUCGAGGAAGCGUGGAAAGACUUUCAGAACUUUGAUGACUGA